AUGACUUCCAUGCCACCGACAUCAUCUGACCCCACAUUGCGUCAAGGGAAAAGUCACAAGCACCAGGAGAAAACUAGCGUCCAUCCACAGUUGCCAGGCAGCCGAGGUGGCUGCCACAGAGAUAGUGCAGCGGAAGACCAUCGAUUUAGAGGUCGCCGGAGUGCUGGACCCAAAGGAGACAACAUUUAUGAAUGGAGGUCAACUAUACUGGGGCCUCCAGGGUCUGUAUAUGAAGGCGGAGUUUUCUUCCUUGACAUAACAUUUUCACCGGACUAUCCUUUUAAACCACCUAAGGUAACGUUUCGGACGAGAAUCUACCACUGUAACAUUAACAGCCAAGGCGUCAUCUGCCUGGACAUUUUGAAAGACAACUGGAGUCCAGCAUUAACCAUUUCUAAAGUUCUCCUCUCCAUCUGCUCCCUCCUCACAGACUGCAACCCGGCUGACCCCUUGGUUGGAAGUAUUGCCACUCAGUAUAUGACCAACAGAGCAGAGCACGACAGAAUGGCCAGACAGUGGACCAAGCGAUAUGCCACAUAGGAACCUACUCUAGGAUUUGCUGGACCUGUGCAAGCACAUUCACUAAGUGCAUCAAUAGCCCUUCCCUUCAUUCUUAUUUUUUAUCAAAUUUUGAACCAUUUUGUGACAAAAGGUUGUCCUUACUUUCUUUUUUGUUUUAUUUUUAUUUGUUCGGGGGUUUUUUGUUCUGUUAACUUGAAAGUCGUUUCCCUCAAAUGUAGGCAGGGAAUUUUGGUUAUCAGUGCAAAGAAUGUUGGAUCUGUAAUAGUAUAGAGCUUUGUCACAAAGCUUUGUAUUAAUGUGUGGGUUUUUUUUUUUCCUUUCAUGUGGUUUUGGGGAAAACAAACAAAUUCAGAAUUAUAUCUCAUUUCUACUUAAAUGUAGUGUUUAGGGUUAUUUUUUUGUACUGAAGUCUUUAAUGGUGGGUGCAUGCUACUGGGAACAAGUUUUGUAUAAAAGCUUAAAAUCAAGAAUCACUGUGCAUUACUAAGACUGUGUUUAUCACUAGCCUUCUGUUUCCCACACAAAAGGCUAUUGCGUUGAACAAAUUAAUAUGUAUUUUGAUUUACCUAAAAAAAAGAAAAAAAAAAAGUGCUUGUAAAUUUCUUAGGGACCUGCCACUUUUAACUGUGGAUCAGUUGAUGUACACUUGUAUUAUUAAAGCACUCAAUAAAACACUGUGGCUGAUAAAUGCA